AUAUCAGUAUUGAAGGAGUAUAAAAGGAAUAGAAUUCAGGGUUCCUCUAUCAGAUAUUGUUGAAUCUUCUCAUCGACAACUUGAUUGAUUUUUAAUUGUGAACGCAAAAAAUGGAGAGUAUGGGAGCAUAUUGUGUCAAAAUGUGGUUGCUACUUUUGGUGGCUUACUUGUGUUCAACCGUCCAAUGCGAUCCUGAGCCAAAACGUGAUUUCUCAUUUCCAAAUCCGGGAACGCCUCCCUUCAAUCCCCAUGGAUCACCACUUCCUCGUCCCUUCCCAAGUCCACCCAAACCAUGGGGUCCAGUUGAUUUUCCGGUUCGAUUCCGUCGUUCACCUCAGGGUUCAGUCCAAGGAGGUGUCACCAUUCCUGAACAUGGACGCCCUCAACUCAAUUUGGAUUACAACCACAAAAUAAUUGAUGACGGUAAAUCAACAUUGAACGGUUUCGGUGGAGUUUCUAGCCCGGAUCUGAAACAUUUCCAGCCACACGCUGGUCUCAAUUAUGAAUACAGGCCGAACAAUGAUUUCUUCGUGAGAGGACAAGGAAGUGUUCAGCCACUGCCAGGUGGACGAUUCGAUCCUCAAAUCGGGAUUGGAAUGGGCUGGAGAUUCCGUCGUUCCCCCCAGGGUGGAAUCCAAGGAGGUGUCACCAUCCCUGAACAUGGACGCCCUCAACUCAAUUUGGAUUAUAAUCACAAAAUAAUUGAUGACGGUAAAUCAACGUUAAACGGUUUCGGUGGAGUUUCUAGCCCGGAUCUUAAACAUUUCCAGCCACACGCUGGUCUCAAUUAUGAAUACAGGCCGAAUAAUGAUUUCUUCGUGAGAGGUCAAGGAAGUGUUCAGCCAUUGCCAGGUGGACGAUUCGAUCCUCAAAUUGGAAUUGGAAUGGGCUGGAGAUUCCGUUAAAUUAAGAAAUUAAAUUUACAAUAAAUAUAUAGUAU